GAUGACCGCGAGGUGAUCCGGAGACGAGACGGUGGAAAAAAACAACGAUCGUCGUCGUCAUCGCGCGCUAUCCCUGUCGCUGUUCGUGGGGUAGGAAGCAGAAGAAGAGGAAGAAAAAGAGAGGGGCGUCUUCGGGGUUUGGCGGUAGUGACAAUGCCAGUAUCUCGCGGGCUAGUUGGAGUCGAGGGCGACGACUGGAUCGAGAAGUGAGAGAGGACAAGCUGUGUGCCAGCCCUGGCCCGGCCGAUCGCGUAGUGUCUAGUGUGACGAGAUGACGGGCGCGCGGAUGAGACCCGCGCUCGUCGUGGGCCUCCUCGUGGGCAUCCUAGCUGUCGCCUUACAAGGAGUGCAAAGUGAAGAUGAGCUAGAACAGGUACCAUCUGAGGAUUUAUGUCGGCCAUACAUCGAGAAGGCGCUCAAAGACAUCGGCACAGGACCUUUGGAGCAGACCACUGCAGAAGAAACCGAAGUUGAUCAGGAAAGUCAUGAGGAAGCUACACCUGCGAGCGAGGAAGCUGGUGAGGCAGCAGACGUUUCGAAAGAAGAGAGUGAGGCCAAGGACGAGGAAGGAUCGGUAGAGGAAGAUGCUGAAGCGGCUGUCGACAAGAGUGAGGAAGCAACUGAAGAACAAGCCGACGUAAGCGAAGAAAAGACAGAAGGAGAAUCAGAAGAAGAAAAAGAUGAAAGCGAGAAAGCUGCAUCAGCUGAAAGUGGUGAAGUUAGCAUCGCUCAAGAAGGAAAAAUUCUUACAGGAGAAGCAGAAGAAACAGAGGCGGCGUCCACCGAGGUAACUGAAGGCGAUGAAGAACAGGUCGAUUCCUCCGAAAAGGUGACUGAAGGCGAAGAAGUGACAACCGAAGAAGAAGAUGAGACGCCCGACGAAGAAAAAUCCGAUGAAGAAACAAAAGUAGAAGAUGAAAAAUCCGAAGAAGAAAAAGUAGAAGACGAAAAAUCCGAAGAAGAUAAAGUAGACGACGAAGCGAAAUCCGAGGAGGAAAAAAUAGCCGACGAAGCGAAAUCCGAAGAAGAAAAAGUAGACGACGAAGCGAAAUCCGAGGAAGAAAAGGAUGAAGCUGAAGAAACGAAAACUGAAGAAGAGGAGCAAGAAGAAUCCAAAGAAGUCACUGAAGAAGUAGGAAUCGAAUCAGAAGAAGAGACGGAAACUCAGCAAACAUCUGCGGAAACUAGUGCUGAAAAAGAGGACGAGAAAGAGGAAGAAGCUGACAGCAAAGUAGAAGAAAGCGCCGAUUCGACUGAAGAUCAGACGGUGAGCGGUGAAACUGAAAAAGGCGAGGAAGAAGAGCAGGAUGAAAGCGCCGAAACUCACGACGAAGAAAAAGAAAAGGAUAGUGCAGAAGAUGCUGAAGCAGCAGGCUCUAAAGAGGAUGUAGAAGAGGAAACAAAAUCAGAAGAAGAAGAAGCGGAGGUGAAAUCUGCUGAAGAAGAAGAAAAGAAAUCUGCAGAAGAAGAAGAAGAAGAAAAAAAAUCUGCAGAAGAAGAAGAAGAAGUGAAAUCUGAAGAAGAGACAAAACCUACGGAAGAGACGGAAUCUACGGAAGAAGAGGCGACUUCUAAGGAAGAAAAAGAAGAAGAGAAAUCCGAGGAAAUAGAAACAAAAUGUGAGGAAGGUGAUGCAGAAUGUAAGGAAGCGACGUCCGCAGAAAAAGAUGACGAAAAAUCGGCAGAGGAGGAUACAAAAUCCGAAGGAGAAGAACAUGAAGAUGUGAAAUUGCGUGACAAACGAGAAAUCGGCGAGGAAGGAACAGAUGAAUCUGCGGAAGAAGCCGUUAGCGAACAGGAGCAAGAACCUACUCCAGAGGAAGAUUUAAUUCAAGAAAUCGAAAUCCCUGAAAAUCUUCGACCGAGAGAUCAUAUUAAUCAGUUGCUAAAAUUGGAUGAGGAGAAUGCAGAAAGAGAGCGAGCUAUACAAAAAGAGGCUGAUAUUAUCCUCAGGGAUCUGAAGAGACUUUAUGAUAACGCUAUAAAGCCGUUAGAAACCAUGUACAAAUACAGAGACUUGAGUAACAGGCAUUUCGGAGAUCCCGAAAUAUUUUCCAAGCCAUUAGUACUCUUUAUGGGUCCAUGGAGCGGCGGAAAAUCAUCCAUUAUUAAUUAUUUGCUCGAUAUUGAAUACAAACCGACGUCCCUAAGGACAGGAGCCGAACCAUCACCGGCGUACUUCAACAUAAUAAUGCAUGGCGAGGAGGAAGAGGUUCUCGAUGGCACUCAACUGGCCGCCGAUUGGACUUUUUCGGGACUGCAGAAAUUCGGCCAGGGUAUGUUGGAUCGUCUCAGGGGCUUGCGACUUAACAACAAGUUGUUAGAAAAGGUGAACAUCGUCGAGAUACCGGGUAUUUUGGAAAUUCGCAAACAAGUCCAACGCUUAUUCCCUUUUAACGAUGCGUGUCAAUGGUUCAUCGACCGAGCGGACAUAAUAUUUUUGGUUUACGAUCCCGCAAAAUUAGACGUUGGACCCGAAACGGAGGCGAUCCUUGAUCAGUUAAAAGGAAGAGAAUAUCAGACGCGCAUUAUUCUCAAUAAAGCUGAUCAGGUGAAGCCCGAGGAACUUAUGAGGGUGCAAGGCGCUCUAAUCUGGAAUAUAUCGCCGCUGAUGUCAAGUGCGGAACCACCAAUAAUGUACUCUACGUCGUUAUGGUCCAUACCUUACGAAGCUGGUGCGCCCACUAGAUUGUUGUAUGCUCAAGAACGUGCAUUCCUUCGCGAUCUACGUUCCGCGAUAAACAAGAGGGUCGAGCACAAGAUAGCGAGCGCCAGAAGAUUUGCCGUACGAGUGCGCAACCACGCAAAGAUGGUGGACUGUUACCUGACAACGUAUUACAACCACAAGACAUUCUUCGGCAACAAGCGGGAGAUCAGCGACAAGAUCAUCGAGAGUCCACAAGACUAUCACAUCUACGAGGGCCUCAGUACCCUGACCAACAUAUCGCGCUACGAUCUGCCUGAUCCGGACGUCUAUCGCGACUUUUUCCGGCUGAAUGCGCUCUAUGACUUCCCGCUGCUGAGUUCCACCUGCACGUAUUUCCGCGGUUGCCCGAUUAAUAGACUCGACGUGGCAAUCGCCUACGAUCUACCCGAGCUGGUGGGCAAGUACAGGAAGUCGGUGGAAGCGGUGUUGCACGAAAGCGAGGGUAAUAGCCCGCCGAGUUGAGUGCGAGUCCGCAUUCUGGAAAAGAGUUCUUGAUACCAUGUGGAGUAUGGAGCUGGCGAUAGAGCGACAUUAAUCUUCGUUAUAUCGAGAAGAAAUAAUUAACUUGAUGAGACGAAAAUCAAAAACGCUUGAUGGCAAAUCGAAGAACGCAGUCCGAUAUUUGAGAUGGUACCGAGGACUCUCUUUCUGAAAUUCAAGCAGCUGGAUCGCACUCUCGCGUACCCUAUCGUAUUCGAGGUGCUCCGAUGACAAGAGGUCGGUUCGCUAAAAAAGCCGACAGUCACGAGAGAAAAAGAGAGAAAGAGAGAAGCGGAAGGACAGGGAAAGCGUGAAAAAGCAACAUCACGUAUCUCUAGAUCCAAAUAGUUUAACUUCGUCCCUCUCGACAGGGCAAAAUGUGAGCAAAACUUGAAGUGUGAUAUCACGGAUUCGAUGGUCGGUACACCUCCUCGUUUGCAGAAGAGCAAAUGUGUAGUUGUUUGUGUCUGGUAAAACAAUGCGAGUGUUACCAUUCCGAUCCAAAAACGGACAGUGAGAGUUCCCUAUGAAUCUAUAUAU